CGAUCCUCCGUUACACACGCGGAAGCUGGGACAGCAUACGACAUGGCUGCAGCCUGCAGUAGCAAAGACUGCAGAGAUUGUAUCUUGGAGCCGCUGUCAUUACCAGAAAAUCCGGAUGAAGCAGCUUCCUCCCAAGAUGGGGUGCAGCUAGUUCCAUGUAUGUUCUGCGAGCAGUGUUAUCAGGAGGAGCAGAAGAAUGAUCUACUGAAACACAUGAUUAUCCAUCACAAGCUGGUCAUAGCUGAUGUCAAACUAAUAGCACAUUUCAAAAGGUACUGUUUAUACUGGAAGAAGCGGUUUGCAGACCAAACAAUCAAUGACUUCUGCCCUGUUAUCAGGACUAAUUCUGAAGGUCCAGCAGACCUGCAAGAAGACUAUUUUCUGCUGUGUGAUGUUUUACCAGAGGACCGAGUUCUACGGGAGCAGCUGCAGCAUGAGAGGCUGAAAGAAAUCUUGGAGCAGCAACAACGUGAGAGAUGUGAUAUGAUCUUCCGACGUCCGUGUAUGUUUUGCAGUGAAGAAUUAGAAGGGAAUAGGUCAGUCCUUUUUAACCACAUGAAUACUGAGCACUCUUUCAACGUUGGACUGCCAGAUAACAUCGUGUUUUGCAGUGACUUUUUGGAUGCUCUACAGAAGAAAAUGGACAGUCUGCAGUGUUUAUACUGUGAGAAAACAUUCAGGGACAAAAACACCCUAAAGGAUCAUAUGAGGAAAAAGCAACAUCGCAAAAUCAAUGCCAAGAAUUGUGAAUAUGACCGGUUUUACAUCAUUAACUACUUGGAACUUGGAAAAACUUGGGAAGAUGUGCAGUCUGAAGAUGACCGUGAAUUGGUGGAUGUCAAUGAGGAAGACUGGUCAGACUGGGAAGAGCAUCCUGUCUCCGCUGUGUGUCUCUUUUGCGAAAAACAAGCUGACACAACAGAAAAAUUACUGAAUCACAUGAAGGAGAAUCACCAGUUUGACCUUGUUAAAAUAAAAUCAGACUUAGGACUGAAGUUCUAUCAGCAAGUCAAAUUAGUGAACUUUAUUAGGAGACAGAUACAUCAGUGUCGAUGUUACGGCUGCCAAGAGAAGUUCCCCUCCAAAGCAGAAUUAGUAAGGCACAUGGAUGAAGAGAGACACUUGGGCAAUCUCCCUGAGCGAUCAUUGUGGGACCAGCCUCAGUAUUACUUUCCCACUUAUGAAAACGACUCCCUCCUGUGCACUCUGUCUGACAGUGAAGGUGAAUCUGAGGCCAAGGAUCAGAAUGAAGACAUACCCGUUAUCGGAGAAGACCUUUCAAAACUUGCAGAGCUAAGACAGACCAGUGUGUUAAACCAGUUAAUACGUGAAAGUACCUUGGAAAGUUAAAUGCACAAGGAGACAAUUCUGGAACAGUAUGCCAUGUUUUGGAAGAGGCUUGCAUCAUAAUCAUAACUAAAAUACAUAUGGAAACAUCCUUGUAUUAAACAGAACAGCUUUUCUUGUGGUUUCUUUGUGCUCUUAAUUAAAGCAAGGACACGAAUGCAGGUGUGGAUCUUUAUAUAGUUUAGUCGUUAUUUGGAAGCACAUUCAUUUUAAGUCGGAGCUGCAUGCUGUGUUGGUUUACAGCAGCUUGAAUGUAACACAAGGGAGUAUGGUCUCAAAAGCUGUCAAAAGACACAGUUACCUAAUUAAAAUGAUAGAUUUUAAUGUUGUC